AUGCCUGCCGACGCCUCCAACGAUACCGACAGAGCCGGAGAAACUCCCGCGAGCAACCAUACGACAUCGACUCGGGCGCAGGACCGCAUGCUUCCAGCCCCCGCAAUUCGCCAUCAAGGAGGGCCUAACACUGGCUACACACGACAAUCUGCUGUAACACCGAGCGACCAUCGCCGGCGAUACAGCUUCGAAACCCAGGGAAGUAGAUCAUCAGGAACAAAUUCGGACCCUUUCGACCAGCAGCAGCCCCUGCUUACAUUAGCCCGAGCACCGAAUGCAUCGGAGAAGGGCCUACGGACUGGUGUUGUAUCCUCGAUACCAGCCAGAAGUUCAUGGUCUCCGCCCUAUCGUGGACAUAGCUCACAUGACAUCGACGUCGGACGCCGGCCUGGUGUCCCGGCAUUGGCGGCAGUUUCUAUGAGUGGCCAAAAACCCGCUGUCCGGCCUUGCGGGCCUCCUGACGAAACAUUACUCGAAUGUCCCCAGACAGUUGCGCUGAACUACCAGACGAUUUGUGCCAGGUUGCCAGAUAAUGCGACGUGGUAUAGCCCACUGGAACCACAGUGGGCGCAGCUUGUGGCGUGCGAGGCGUGCUACGAGGACAAGGUACGCAGUUCUCCGUUUUCAGAACGCUUCGUCGUGCUCGCCAACAGCGAAGUGAAGCAUGACGACCAGGUCUGCCAGUUUGGACGACCGUACCUGGCAACAGCGCUGGAACACCAUGGCCCAGCUGGAGAUUGGCAAGGCUUCGUCUCGGCAGCUUCGAGACGGGCUCACGUCGCAGAGUGUAGGAGCAAACGACGCACAUAUGUCCGUGGUCGGACAUGGUAUCGUUUCCGACGUCGCAUGACGGGUCUGCGGAUCUGCGAAGCCUGCUAUCUCGACAGAGUUGCAUCCAUGCCGUUUGCGCCCGAGUUUCAAAGGCUCAGUCAUGAUGAGCUGGCAACGUUGGACGAGGAGCAGGUCAUCUGCGCCUUUUCAGUCAUCUCCAUAUCGCUGGCAUGGGGAAGCGCGGUCGUGAGGAACGACUACGGGAUUUUCUGCAAUGCUGUCAAGGUUAUCAUGCAAAGUCACCCCUGUGAUGCUGGUGGGAUUAAGGGGGUUCCUUGGUAUACCAUCGAAGGGGGAGGCUCGGGCUUCAACGUGUGUCAGGCUUGCUACGCGGGCAUCAUAUGCCCUUAUGAGCUGGGACAGUUCUUCAUACUAGCCCAGCGUGACCCCGAAGUGCGCCUCCUGUGUGACCUGCACCCGACGGCGCCGCGCUUUCCCCUGUUCGUGCGGAAGCUUGCGCAAGCAGUCAAUGUCGCCGAUUUCAGUAUCUUCAGCCUUUAUGCGCAACGUUUGUGUAGCAUCCCGAUAUGCCCACGGGCACAAGCAAAAAGCGACACGCCGUGGUAUUUCCUCGAGGACUGUGCCGUCUGUCCCGAAUGCUACGAAACAGUGGUGUCCCAUACGGCGCUUGCAGGGCAGAUAGCCGUCACGUACACACGAGUAAGACGGCCCACGCUGUGCGGCCUGUACUCGAUGUCGAUGAAACGCAGGUGGGCAGCCGCCUGCACCAGCGGCAAGAUAGACGAGUUUGUCAGGUUCGCCCGACACAGGCUGCAGGUAUACGGCAGGACGGUCCCGGUGAUGGAGCACAUGCUGCAGGCCAAGUCGCAGCAGAUGAAGCAGGCGUUGGAUUACGGCGUGCUAAGCGUAUCGUACGAUGCGGGUGAGCGCCAUGCGAGGACGGAGGGAGCGGGCGAUGGAUAUCUUCACGGAAAUGCAGAGGUGGGGUGGCACCACACCUGGCACGGCGCCGAGAGCGCGAGGCUUACCAGCAAGAUGAUGGAGGGCAUACUGCGUGCGCAGCGGGGAGAUGAAUGGACCACAAUGGCACAUCUAGAGGAAGAAUGGGCAGAGGUUGAAUGA